CCCACUUUUGUCUGUAUCAAUCUGUAAAGAAACAUUUUAGUCAUUUACAUUCCCCAGUCAUCAGAGUUUGUGGAUCGAAAACAAUUUGACAGAAUAUUAAAUAUCAUCGUGUAAGGCUGUCAGAUUAACUUGCAUCUCUUGACGAUGGAAAAGAUAGUUAAGGAUGUUGGUGAUAUUCAGUCCAGACUGAUUGAUCACAGGCCGGUCCUGCAAGGUGAAAUCAGAUACUUCAUCAGGGAGUUUGAGGAGAAGCGUGCUUUCAGAGAAUGCCGUCUACUUGAAAAGCUGAAUAAGAUGACGUCAGACACUAAUGAGCAUGAUCUGCCGCAGUGCACUGAGAAUAUGCAUGAGAAACUGUGUGACGCUCUCACACGACUUGAAGCAGCGAAUCAUAUGGCGCAGAGGAUCCAGCAGAGGGAGCUAGAGGCUGAAGAGAGCACACAUCUUCAGUUGUGUUUGGAGAGGCGGAAGCAGGACUGGGAGGAGUUCCUUAAGGAGCAGUCUCGUCUAAAGGAAGAGGUGGAUGAGGAGCACGCUAAAGCUGUGGGCCGACUCAGUGCUCAAUAUGAUGAAAUGAAGAAAGACCUGACCAAGUACAGCAGCUUCUGAACCUCAACCUGUGUGUGACUGUUAAUGUACUCAUGUGUUUUUACUAAUGGCAUGCCAGUGUAGUCCAAUUAUUUCCAUUUUGUUGAUGAUGACAUUAAAUAAAUAUUUUAUACAAAAAUGAAAACUCUGUC